AUGUAAAACACUGAUUAGGAAUCUUCUGUUAAUAAUUCAAUUCCAAAAGAUUCAGAAUAACAAAAUUUUGUUAACAAAAAAAAGAAUGCAAAAAAGUCAUCUAGACGAAUCCACAAAAUACCAAUACGAACCUAAUAAUUAUUAUUCGUAUAAGUUUUUUAAGAAGGAAAAUCAAUCAAAUAAGUAAAAGUAGCAAAAUAUCACAUUAGGUUGCUGAUGAUUUAAAAUUAAACUAUUCUAGUGCUAAAUCCUUAAUACAUUAUUAUAAAAACAAUAAAAGGCCUGCUCCUAAUUAAGUAGUUGAUGUAUUAAAUGGAAAAAAGCCAUGCCUUUACAAAAAAAUGCAAAAUAACUAGAAUGCUUAUAAUAAUCUAAAAAUAGAAGUUAGGCUAAAGCAUUCAUUUAUUAAAGCCUAUAACUUCUUUGAGAGAUUAAGAAAGCAAGAGCAACGUUUUGCAAGUCAAUGUCUUUCAUGA